CAUGCCCAGUACAAGGUAACCGAAAAGGCUUGUCUAUGUUUGGACGGUCGUUUUGAAUCGGUAGCACGGCAUCUGCUGUCAUCUAAUUCCAUACGCUAUUUCUACCAAGUCAACCAGCACAGACAGUUAAAUCUUAAACUUAGCAAUCUGUGUACUGCAACAUUAGUUGUCGGAAAGAUAGUACAAGGCGAGAAAAACUGGUAUCGCGCUGACGCCGGAAGCUCUGUAUCUUUACCAAGCUAACGCUAGCUCGUAAAAGAGCAACAACUCGGCCUAGAUUAGGGACAGCAGUUGGCUCACAGCAUUCUCUGUUGAUCAUAUUUUAGGAUAAUUCUCGGUACAAUGGCUUGUGGUGCUACUCUGAAGAGGACCAUGGAUUUCGAUCCACUAAUGAGCCCGGCAUCACCCAAAAGGAGGAGAUGCGUCCCGAUCACAGCUGCUUCCACUUCAUCGCCACAGAAGUAUCUGCGUAUGGAGCCUUCGCCAUUUGGAGAAGUGGUUUCCUCCAGACUUACAACCGAACAAAUCCUACACAACAUCAAGCAGGAGUACAAGCGGCUGCAGAAGCGCCGACACCUGGACAGCCUUCCGCAGCAGGCGGACGGCUGCUGUCCCGUGGACCUGCAGAGUGCUCCGAGUGGAUCGUCAGGGAGCUGCUCCACGUCCCCCAGCAGGAGAGAGCAGCCGCUGUUCUCCCUCAGGCAGGUGGGCAUGAUCUGCGAACGGCUUCUGAAGGAGCGGGAGGAGAAGAUCCGUGAGGAGUACAACGAGAUCCUUACCUCCAAGCUCGCAGAGCAAUAUGACGCCUUUGUCAAGUUCACACAUGACCAGCUGAUGCGACGGUUUGGAGAGCAGCCUGCUAGCUAUGUUUCCUGAGUGUCGCUGUGUGACGGCGGAUCACCUUACCUAUUGCUGCGAGCUACUCCAGGGAACUGGGUCUGCUUGGACGUGCCUCCUACCUGUGCCAUAUUGCCUGUAUGUGGACGCACUGUCUGCAGCCUCAGACAGUGGCAUCCACAUCUGCUAUCGCAGCUAGUGUGAGGAGGGCUUCCCGCUGUCUACCCGUUGAAUGGACCUUUGACUCUCUAACCGAUGGCCUCUUUUUACUGCCGUGUUGCUAUUUAUUUGGCUUUGUUUCGAUGCCUCUUAUAAGGCCACCUGCUACAUGCAUUGCUUUUUUCCCUGACAAAGUUGAUUGUUUUGCAGAAGUGAUCUUACCUGUAUAGCUACUCUUAAUGUACAUUUUAAAGAAGGGAUUGGUCACCCAUGGGUGGUCGGAUCAAUAAACCCCUCAGACUGGACAAGAGAAAUGUUUUUUCUUUUCAAGAAUUGUUUCAUUAUGUAUGGAAAUUACUGGAAUUCAGUUUGUAUACACUGUAUUCAUUUUGUUUUGGUUAUCAAAAUAUCAAUUUAUUUGCUAAAUGUGUUGAGACAUUGGUUCAAGUUAAAUAAAUUCUUUUCACAAA